AUGAAGACUCUUUCACUUCUUCUGUUGUUAUAUGCAGCCAUCUCCUCUGCUUUUCCUGUGACCCCAGAAGCAGAGGAUGAAGGAAAAACCCUACAGCUUGUAGAGAGUUAUCUACAGAAUUUCUAUGACCUUCAAAGGGAUAGCCAUCCUCAUUUAAGAAGCCAUGGUGAAAAUCCCCUUGCUGCAAAGCUCAAGGAAAUGCAGUCAUUCUUUGGACUACAAGUGACUGGGAAACCUGAUCUUGACACUUUGGAGAUGAUGAAAAAACCCAGAUGUGGUGUACCUGAUAUAGGGCAAUAUGUGUUCACAGCAGGGAAUCCUAAAUGGAAAAGAAAUAAUCUGACAUACAGAAUUUUGAAUUAUACCCCAAAGAUGACAAAAGCUGAUGUAGAUGAAGCAAUCCGAAAAGCUAUCAGUGUCUGGAGCAACGUAACACCACUGACAUUCCAAAGGGUUGAGGACAAAGAAGCAGAUAUAAUGAUUUCUUUUGCUUAUAGAGACCAUCGUGACAAUUCUCCUUUUGAUGGUCCUAAUGGGCAGCUGGCUCAUGCAUUCCAGCCUGGUGAAGGUAUUGGUGGGGAUGUGCAUAUUGAUGAGGAGGAAGCUUGGACAAAAGAUGGAAGAGGCUACAAUUUGUUCAUUGUUGUUGCCCAUGAGCUUGGCCAUUCACUGGGUCUGUCUCAUUCAAAUGAUCCUGGAGCACUGAUGUAUCCAACUUACUCCUACACGGACCCCAAUGAAUUCCUUCUUCCCCAAGAUGACAUUGAUGGCAUUCAAGCCAUAUAUGGGCAGUCUAAUGCUGCUGUGCAGCCAACAGGACCAGUAACUCCAGAAGCCUGUGACCCAAAUUUGACAUUUGAUUCUAUUGUUACCCUACGCGGAGAAAUCUUCUUCUUCAAGGGCAGAUACAUGCUGCGCAAACAUCCUGCGAGGACAGAGACUGAGCUCAAUUUUAUCUCACUGUUCUGGCCAACAUUACCAUCAGGAAUUCAAGCUGCAUACGAAAACAUUGAAAAGGAUGAAAUUGUACUUUUUAAAGAGGAUAAAUAUUGGGUUGUCAGGGGAUAUGAUAUUGCGCCUGGCUAUCCCAAACCAAUCUACCGCCUGGGGUUCCCGAAGACUGUUAAAAGAGUUAAUGCAGCUUACAGUGAUGAAACCACAGGAAAAACAUACUUCUUUGUAGCUAACAGAUACUGGAGAUAUGAUGAAAAGAAAAAAUCCAUGGAUCAUGGUUAUCCUAGGAAAAUAGUCUCUGACUUUGGAAAAAUUGGCAGAGUUGAUGCUGCUUUCUGGAAAGAUGGCUAUGUCUACUUCUUCCAUGGAACAACUCAGUUCCAGUUUGAUCCUCGUGCCAAACGGAUUGUUGGACAAAUGGAGAGCAUCAGCUGGUUUAAUUGUUAAUUGCGAUAUUUUUUCAUAUGCACACCGUAUGUUUUUAUGUCCUGCAUUUUUCAGCAUUGCCUGACUACCUGGUCAGAAUGGAUUUCUGUUCAAAUUCCGUUGGAGUAUACUAUUAACAAUUAUUUAUUUUAAAUUUAUUUAUAAUUUAUGGCA